AUGUCCACUACCAGUACAGUUCUGGCUUCCACUCCAACGCCAAGGUUAUUAGGCAAAGUGGCAUUGGUUACAGGUGGUGCAUCUGGAAUCGGUGAAAGCAUUGUGCGCCUCUUCCAUAUCCAUGGUGCUAAAGUAUGCAUAGCAGAUGUGCAAGACAACCUUGGAAAGCAGGUGUGUGAAUCCCUUGGUGGUCAAGCAAAUGUUGUGUUUCUCCAUUGUGAUGUUACCAUAGAGGAUGAUGUUUCCCGUGCAGUGGACUUUACUGCGGAAAAGUUUGGCACCCUUGACAUCAUAGUCAACAAUGCUGGAAUUUCUGGAUCACCUUGUCCUGAUAUCCGCAGUACAGAGUUAUCAGAAUUUGAUAAGGUGCUUAGUAUUAAUUUGAAGGGAGUGUUUCACGGCAUGAAACACGCAGCUCGAAUCAUGAUCCCAGAAAAGAAGGGCUCAAUUGUUUCUUUAAGCAGUGUAGCAAGUGCCUUAGGUGGCAUAGGAAUACAUGCAUACACAGCAUCAAAACAUGGUGUUGUAGGGCUCACAAAGAGUGUUGCAGCUGAAUUGGGGAAGCAUGGUAUAAGAGUGAACUGUGUGUCACCUUAUGCUGUUGCAACAGGUUUGGCUUUGGCCCAUUUGCCUGAGGAUGAGAGAACCGACGAUGCCUUGGCCAGUUUCCGUGAUUUUACUCGGAGAAUGGCCAACUUGCAGGGUGUAGAGUUAACUGCCCAUGAUGUGGCUAAUGCUGUGCUCUUUCUUGCAAGUGAUGAGGCCAGAUAUAUCAGUGGAGACAAUCUCAUGGUUGAUGGUGGCUUCACCAGUGUUAAUCACUCACUCCAAGUUUUUAGAUGA